CCUGACGACUUUUUGGCGGUAUUGUUUAUAAACAAAAUUCACUUAAGAAACUGGAUUUAAUAAUGUCCUGAAUGGCGUCCGAGUCAGAAAACACUACAUCCUAUUUUGUUCCGCAUCUGGUUGAUCAAGUCUUCGAAUUAUAUCGGAGUAAAGCAGAGUCCAACAGCCUUACAAAAGAGGAACGCGGACAGUUCUUUUACGAUCUAUCCAUUUUAUUGGGCCAAGAACUGGUCCUGCGAUCGCUACACCUCUUGGACGACCACAACUUCUCCUUCUUCCACGCCAAGAACAAUCGAUCCGUGUGCGUGGUAGAAAUUUCCAAGGGAACCGAGUACUUCCGCUUGAUUCCGGGCGUAAGUUUCUGCAAGUGUGAGUUCUUCCAGUGCCACGUGCUGCAGUUGCCGCGAGGCAUCCUCUACCAGGACCUUCCCAGUGGCGAACCGGGCAUUUUAGAGGAUUGGAGCGAGGAGAGCCGGGUGUCCUACACCUGCCAGCACAUCCUGGCAUUGCGGCUCCAUCAAUUUCUGAAGCACACGGGCGGGAAAACCACCGAGAAGAUCCUUAAGAAAGAGGAUAUCAAGGAGCUGCGGACGGACGUCUUUCGGGACUAGGAUGACUGAUGUGGAGCCAUCGCCCUACGGCGACUGCAAAUUCGUCGCUCGAGUGGAGCACAUCAAGACCUUCAUCCAGGCCAUCAAGUCAAUCUGCUUUAAUGAUUAUGGGAUGGUGCAAGUCUCCGAAGAUGGUCUGCGCAUCACCGUGGAGCAGGGCAAGUCCAUCCAGGCAACGCUUUUCAUGCCGCCGGGUGCCUUCAUGGAGUUCCGUGUGCAGGACUUCCAGUGCUUCGGUGUGAAAAUGAAUGUGCUGUCCGAGUGUCUCAGUCUCUUCGGAUCCGCCGAUUGCAGCCUGCGAAUGAUGUACAGGGAUAAGGGCGAUCCCCUGAAGAUAAUUCUGUAUCCGCACGACGACGAUGAUGUGAGCACGGAGUGCGCCAUCAAAACCAUGGACUGCGAUGAGCCCAUUGACUACGAUCAGAAUCUGAAGGAUCCGGAUCUUAAUGUUAUUUUCGUACGCGGACCGAACCUAUCGAAGGUGUUCAAUGAGCUGGAGAAGUCCGCGGAGGAGUUCGAGUUCGUGACAUCGCCGAACCGCCCGCACUUUAAGAUCACCACAGUGGGGAUCAUGCAGGCGGUGUUCAGCGUCGAAGUGGCAAAGACGAGUCCCAUGAUGAUGAUGUUUAACUGCAAACAGACGGUGGUGGCUCGCUACAAGAGCCAGCAGAUCCGCAUGACCAACAAGGCGAUGCAGUCGGCCACCAAGGUGGCCAUUAAAACGAACUCCGUUGGCCUCCUAGAACUGCAUCUGGUAAUGCAGGGCGAUAGCCAGGAGGAGAUAUUCAUUCAGUUCUUCAUAAUUCCUUUGCUCAACACUGAUUAAACCGAAACUACUAGGUAGCUAAUAAAAUAGAACUUUAAAAUAUUGCU